AUGGGCAACAAGGAGGAGCAGUGUUUUCAGGAAGACAUGACAACGGCCCACCAAACCCUGGCCUCGAAGAUCUUCAGUUUAUGCUGCUGGAACUGUGAGGAACCUGUCGUUGAGAGCCCCAAGGUUCCAAGCCAAGAGGUCCAGCCACCAACCUUCAAUUUGCUGAAGACUGAGAAGAAUGAGUUAUGCGAACAAAACCUCAAGCGAACUAAUGCACAGUCCCUCGUUGCCCAAGAAAAGAACUUCUCCACUACCAGCAGUGAUUUUGAAGAGCUGACUGCAUACAAUAUACAAACAGGAUACCCUAAGAAAAAUCUAAACCGCUACUACCAGGAACACUGGGCCUUCCGACCGUGUCUCAUCGGGCGACCCUGA